AUGCCCAAGCUUCGUCCUGCCACCAGCCGUCGCCAGCCCGGCCGUUAUAAGGAGUUCGCAUGCUCUGAUUCCGGCUCGUCUGUGGAAGAUCAAGAGCCACCACGCUCCUCAUUCGCCCCCGAGCUCAGCUGGACAACUGCAUUUCCCACUCGUGCGCUGGAUGACCCUCGUCGGCACCCAAACGAGGCUCUCGCAGACUUCCACCGGGCAGCAGACCGGAUUCUGAGGCAGCCCAUUUCUGUGUCCUCCAGCGGGCCAGACAGUGCUGCUGCUACGGGGCUGAUAUACCAGCAAAAGGAGGACUUCUUGACACAGGCCAUUGACUCGGCAGAGGAGCAGCUCGAGGCUCAGUUUGCCCGCUGGCGAAGAUCAUUCUCCAUGCCUGCUGGGAGCUCCAAGGCUAAGAGACGAGGGAAUGAACAGGUUGGCGAGUCGCCACAGACAGUGAAGAGACAGAAGAUCAAGUCAGACCGAUCUAAGACCGCCGGUCUUUCCAUCAGCAGCAGCAGUAGCUUCGAUAAUAGCAGCUUCAACGUAAUGACCGGCAAGUCGGGCUGGGGCCUCCAAGGUGACCAGGCUGGCUCGACAGUAAAGAGCAUGAAGAACAACCGAGGAGGCACCUCGUCGACCAGCUGCACCACUUGGCAAGCUGUGCCCGACAAUAUGAAACUCAUCGUGGUUAGGGAGCUCACCUCGUGGUUUGCCUAUGAUGAGACAGUGACCUUGCUCAAGCUCACCAGCGUCGAAGAGGCGGGCUUCCGCGCCCUGUACGAUCGCGAGCAGCGCAAGUUGGCCGCCUACACAAUUGCCCUCCGCCAGUAUGAGGCAUCCCAGGUCCACGAGCGCGAGCUGCUCCGCUACAUCACAAUGUCACAGACAGCCAGGGACAUCUUUCCGAGCGGGUUGGCCAGCCCCGUCGAGAUGCCUUUCAACUCUCGCUACUACUUGCCGCCUAUCGCGGACCCAGGCCUCAUUACCGACAUUGUCACCGUGCGGCAGAUUACCAUGGCACAGGAGUAUCUGAGCAGCGUCGGCUUCGUGCGCGACACUGUCGACCUGGGCCACUGGCUCGGUCACAGCGGCGGCGGCCGCUUCGAGAUCGACAUGUUCAGCAAUUGCAACGGAUGCGAAGAAGGGGACCACGGCCACGGCCACAACCAGCCUGUCAUCGCCUUGAAGGGUCAUUCGCGUCUAUCGCCGCGUGGCCUAGCACCCGCAGCUGCCGGCACCGGCACGGGCGACACCGUUAAGCGUCGUCGCAAGAAAGCCGCCCCGGAAGAUUCCAUGCGGGACGCAGCUGCCGACAGCGUCGAGGUGAGGAUGCCUGUUGUUCCGGCGGCAACGAGCACCAGAGGCCGAGGUAGCGGCCGUGGAGGCCGCGGCAGGGGUGGCGGAGGUGGACGCGGAAGGGGAAGGCAGCCGAGCUUCAAAGUGCACGUUCAAGGGACUGGUAGCAGCAGCCAGCCGGCACUGAUUGACGAGGCUGAUCCCAGUGUCGCAGUGAAAGGCGAUACGCUGCUCCGACACGAGGGCAACGCGACGCGAGAGGCAGCCAUGGCGCCACCACGGAUCGAGCAGCGGGAGAUUGACACGUACUGGAACAUCUUCUCGGCGCGGACGAACGGCGGCAAGUUCCUGACGGGCGAGCAGGCGGCGCCGGUGCUGAAGAACAGCGGGUUGCGUGACGGGCAGCUGGAGCGGGUGUGGGAUCUGGCCGACGUCGACAAUGAUGGCAACCUGGACUUUGAGGAGUUUUGCGUGGCGAUGCGGCUGAUCUUUGACAUUCUGAACGGGGAGUAUCCCGACGUUCCGAACACGCUGCCGGACUGGCUGGUGCCCGAGUCCAAGGCACAUCUGGUGCAGGCAGGCCGGGCGCUGACGGGCAAGGCAACGCAGUUUGAGCAGGUCGAGGUCGACGAUCCGGACUCGCCCCCGCUCAAAGACGGCUUCGACUGGUACAUGAGCCCGGCCGACAAGUCCAAGUACGAGCAGAUCUACAUGGAGAGCCGGGACAUGCGCGGCGAGGUAUCGUUCCCUGCGCUGCAGGACCUAUACGAAUCGCUUGAGGUGCCGGACACGGACAUCCGGUCGGCAUGGAACCUGGUGAACCCGUCGGCAGGCUCGUCGAUCAACAAGGACGCCUGCCUGGCCUUUCUGCACAUCCUUAACUACCGGCACGAGGGCUACCGGAUCCCGCGUGCGGUGCCGGCGUCGCUGCGGGCCAGCUUCGAGCACAACAAGAUCGACUACCAGGUCGGCAAUGCCAGCACGGCGGCGGCCAACUCGCGCUGGGCCACGCGGGCCGACGACUCGACAUCGACCGGCCGCAAGGCCAAGUUUGGCGACCAGUACCUCACGCGUCUGGGCCGUUCCGGCUUUGCCAGCAGCGGCACGGACUUCUCAGCCGAGCAGAAGACGGAGGACUGGGAGGAGGUCCGGCUGAAGAAGCAGCUGCAGGACCUGGAGAAGCGCAUCGCCGACAUCGAGGGCGGUGCGGCGCAGCGUUCGGCCGGCGGCGCUGGCGGCAAGCGCGACACCAAGCCGGCCCUCGUCAAGCGCGAGCUCGAGCAGCUGCUCGACUAUAAGCGCAAGGAGCUGCGCGAUCUCGAGGACGGCACCGGCAAGGCCAAGGCGGCGUCCAGCCUGCACGGCGUCGCCGACGACCUCAGCACGGUGCGCGAGCAGGUCGAGAGCCUCGAGGCCCACCUGCGGUCGCGGGAGCACAUCCUGGAGCAGCUGCGGCGGGAGAUUGACGACGCCAAGGUGAGGUGA